AUGGACUCGUCUCUAGAGACAGACGUGGACAGCUUGGCGAGUGAAAGAAGCAGCGACGACACCGGGAUUGGAAUCAUAGGCCGUGGAUCCGCGCUGAUGACUGACGGUUUGUUCGAUCACCGGGCAGAUGUCACUGUCACGUGGGAAAACAUCAACGUUUACGCCAAUGACCCGACGAACGGCGCCCCGGACUUGGCUCGGCGCCCCACGAGUUCCAAGCACAUCAUCAAAGGCGUUAGCGGAACGGUUCGACCUGGCGAACUUUUGGCCAUCAUGGGGGCAAGCGGAGCAGGGAAAACCACGCUGUUGAACGCGCUGACGUGCAGGACCAAGAGUUCCACGGCGGUGAGUGGCGUCAUUCGGCUGAAUGGGGCGCCAGCGGGGGCGAAUGCGUUGACCGCGGUUUCGGCGUACGUGACCCAACACGACCUCUUCAUGCCGAAUCUCACAGUCAGGGAGCAUUUGCAGUUCCAGGCCACUGUGCGGAUCCCGUCGGCCGCCAUGUCGGCUGACACCAAGAUGGCUCGCGUGGAGGACGUCAUUGCUGAGGCGACUUCGGCAUAUCCGGCGGAGAACGGCGACGUCUUGCCUUCGCAUCUGAGCGGAGCAGGGAAAACCACGCUGUUGAACGCGCUGACGUGCAGGACCAAGAGUUCCACGGCGGUGAGUGGCGUCAUUCGGCUGAAUGGGGCGCCAGCGGGGGCGAAUGCGUUGACCGCGGUUUCGGCGUACGUGACCCAACACGACCUCUUCAUGCCGAAUCUCACAGUCAGGGAGCAUUUGCAGUUCCAGGCCACUGUGCGGAUCCCGUCGGCCGCCAUGUCGGCUGACACCAAGAUGGCUCGCGUGGAGGACGUCAUUGCUGAGCUUGGAUUGGUGAAGUGUGCCAAUAAUCUCAUCGGUAUCGUCGGAGGCGACUUCGGCAUAUCCGGCGGAGAACGGCGACGCCUUGCCUUCGCAUCUGAGGUGCUGACCAACCCGGCCGUACUUUUCUGCGACGAACCCACAUCAGGUCUGGACUCGUACAUGGCCGGCACAGUGGUGGGCGUGUUGCGAAGUAUGGCGUCUAGAGGUCGCACGAUCCUCGCGACAAUCCAUCAACCGUCGUCACUCGUCUACUCCCUGUUCGACAGGGUCAUGUUUCUCGCCGAGGGCCGCGUCGGAUUCCUCGGCAACACUGACACUGCUCUCGCCUUCUUUUCAGACUUAGGAUACCCGUGUCCCGAGAACCACAAUCCGGCGGAUUUCUUCAUUCAAACAUUGGCAGUGAGACCCGGGGACGAAGACGCGAGUCGAUCCAGGAUCCGCAAAAUCUGCGACGCAUUUGCUCGAGCGCAUGACGUCAUUGUGGCUGCUUCAUCAAAGGCCGGCGAGUACGCGACACUGACGAAGAUGGACGACGAUGACGACGAUGACGUCGACGGGGCGUCCAUCAACAAUGCCGACAUCAAUGGGAAAAAGCGGUUCUUCGGCUCGGCAUUCAGCAGCAGCAAGAAUAAGCGGAGUGCUGCGAAGGACACGGAGAGUCGCAAGCAUGUGGCAGCAGCGGGGACCCUGUCUCCCUACCGCGUGCCCUGGACUGCGCAGUGCAAGGCGUUGCUCUGGCGCUCCUGGCUCACCAUGAUCCGAGAGCCCAUCAUCAUCAAAGUUCGCGUGCUGGAAACUAUCGUUUUUUGCUCCGAGUACCCGAUUUUCCUGAAGGAGCACGAAGCCGGCAUGUACAGAGUGACGGUGUAUUUUGCGUGCAAAUCGCUCGCUGAAUUGCCAUUGUUCAUCGUGUCACCGCUGAUUUUCUCCACGUGUGUCUACUUCCUCAUCGGACUCACUUCGGGGGUGAAGAACUUUCUGACCACUUGCGGGGUCGCUGUUUUGGUCGCCAAUGCUGCUUGUUCAUUUGGUUACAUGAUUUCGUGCAUCAGCAGCAACAUGCACAUGGGUCUUGCAGUCGGACCAGCAGUAAUAGUUCCGUUUAUGUUGCUCGGUGGAUAUUACCUGAACAACGGAUCCGUUCCCAAGGCUCUUUUGUGGCUCAAGUACCUCUCGUGGUUCUUGUACGGAAACGAAGCCCUGGCAAUCAACCAAUGGAGCAACGUCGGGCACAUCGACUGCAGUCACAGACUGCUCGACGAUGUCAUUCCUUCUGAAUACACCAACUUCACGAUCCCACCGCAUCCCUAUGGACCCCCAAACAUCCCUGUAACCCCAGACAUCAAUUCUGUGUGUCCAAAAGACGGCAAAGCCGUGUUGGCUAGCUUCAGCUUCAACCCGGACAAUAUGGCCACGGAUAUCCUGAGCUUGUUGGCAUUGAUUGUCGGGUUUCGAUUGGUUGGACUGGUUGCCCUCAUGCUUCGGACAAGACACAGGAGCGGGACAAGACUUUAACGACCGCCGGAAUUUUUAGUCGAACCCUCGUCAUUCUUCCUUUCACCCCACAUUUUCGGAAAACCUUUUUUUUUUCAUAACACUUUCUUGCCACUUUCGGAUUUGUGUUCGAGAAUCGAUCUAUUGUAAAGACUAUAUUUUUCUUCUUUACAUGUGAAAAAGAGAGCUGUCUUGACGAGAAAGCACUGCCAUGUAAUCACCGGGAAAUUAGUUGCUGCCGUCUGAGAAUUUUUCGGUUUGGUUUCCCUUGUAUGUCGUCUGACAAGAAAUUGAUGCAGACAUUUUGCGC